UCUUGUCUCAAUAUUACCAUUGCAAUGCGUCUCUCUUCCUGGACACCAUUCGUGGUCUCUUUGCUUACAAUAUCUACCACCGCCAGUUCUAUCCUCCAAGUCCGCAAGAACGGUGGUGGAGGAGGUGGUGGCGGCGGCAACACUGCCACAAGAGGCGGUCCUGCCUCAGCCAAAGUCACGCUAUACAGUCAAUACACUUGUGUCGCACCAAACGCUGUGAGCCAUCAAUAUGGUAGCGCAGGCACAACGGUCUCUUUCAGCGUCACAGAAGCCCAAUGCACAAUUCCGACCACUGGAUUGCAGUCUGGUGAAGCAUUGACAGCAAGCCUGACUGCAUCACCUAAGACUGGUACUGCUGGAUGUUACAUCGUUGGUCAUAGUCAACAAGGUUGUGGUAUUGUACUUUCGAACCAGAUGCACGGAUGGCCAGUAGGAGGAAUCAAUGUUGGUGAUUCCCUUGGUUGUGGUAACCCACCAUCUGGCACUUCACAUCUUGCUUUUGAGAUUAUUUGCAGUAGUCCUAGGCACAAGAACAGU